UAUACAUUGCGCGGCAUUUCGGCUUUGAUUGUAUUUUCAUUAGCACAUUAUGGUUUCAAGCUCAUACAUAGUCUUUUUUGACACUUUUACUCAUAAUGGACAAAUUCAGGAGAGUGUAGAUUGUGUCAGGUUUAAGAGUGGUAUAGAGUUGGUAAAAAUCUGCAUUUUACCAUUCGGUUCUGUUGUCGAGAGUAAUCUUUCGGAUGAACCACUCCUGGGAGCUACUAAUCCCGCAUCGUUUGAUAUAACGGUGUACAGCAAUAGUCAAACGAAUUGCAUUGUUCUGCAGAAUGUUGCUAAACACUUUUUCAGUGAGAAAAGAGGAAUCAAUACCAUCUACUUUAAAAAGCCAAUUCAGUCGAAUUUUUUGCUUUUUCGCGGAAUGUACUCAACAUUAACGAUCGCACUAUUCGGCUUACCUGCCAUGUCGCUUUCUGUUCAGUCACUGGCCCCAGCCACAAAUCUUUCCAUCCCCCCGCCCACAAUAGGCUUAAAUAUCGGAGCUGUAGAAACAACUACUUCUGGGUUUUACGCCUCAAACAAAAUUCCUGAAAUUCAGACGGAACCAAAGCCUGAUGUUUCGGGUAAUUGGCAGCAGUGUAAUGUUCAAACACCUUCCAAUAGUUUUAUGAAUUCUCAACCCUUGAAUAUAUGUUCACUACAACCUGAAAGUGAGCAAUCCUCUGUUAUUCCUGUCACGGAGACUGAACUGGAGGAUAAAGUAGAUGAUUCUAAGACGUUGAGUGCAGAGACUGCUGGUAUUUACGAAGACGGUGAAAUACAAGAUGUCGAUUAUGAAGAAAUAUCAUCAAAUGAAGAACUGUUUUCAGAAAUCGAAGAUGGUGAAAAUUUAGAGAUUGGUGAUCAACAAUCAGAUAUUGAAGAAGUUAAUGAAAUCGAAUCUCAAAUUUCGUCCUGUCAAUGGCGUUUCAAUCCAUUUGAUUUAGUCAACCAGUAUACUACCGGAUUCUCAUGUGAAUUUCAUCGGAUUGCUGAUCCAACACUAACUUUAUUCCAGCUACACUGUUGGCUGUUAGAACGUACAUCAUCAGGUAAAGAGCAAUUGUUUUCAGAAAAUGAAGAAAUAUUUCACCAAAAUUCCAAUGAAAGUGAAGUUGGCUCGAAUAUAAAUUUACUACCUCCUCCAGAUGAUUGGGCUGAUGCAAGUCAGUCUGCAGAAGUUCUAGUUGCAAUGGCAAAAAAAUAUUGUUCAAGGUCAACUAUAGGCUUUCAUGAAGAAUGGGUUGAUUCGUUGGAUACUAUUGGUACGCAUUUGGCUCAAAGUUUAGCCUUUCUUUACUGCACAGAUCGCAAUCUGUAUCAAAGUGUCAUUGAAACACUUCAAUUAUGGGUUUAUACAGGUCUAAAUAUGAACUUGGCCUUAGGUCAACCGAAUGCAUCAUACAUAGUCAAACAUAUUAUGGCUGGUGUAAAUCUAGCUGGUCUUGUAACUGGUACGAUUAAUUCAGAAAUAGCAAAUGCAUUACUCUAUCCAGUUUCUGCAGAAAGCGGUAGUGAUGUGGAUUUUGCACAGAUAGAAAAUUUACAAGUUCAACAUUUACUCUUAAACCUUUUGGAGUCUCCCUUAAUUACAACACCGUUAAGACUUAUUAUUUGUCGUGCUUUGGAUCAGACUACACGAUUACCUAUUGGGUUAAAUGCUUUUUUGGGGAUAACACAAAUAAAUCUUGAUCAAAAGAAAGAUAUUAAAGAUAACUUAAACAGUUCCGAUUUUGAAUCUCUUAAAGACAAUGCAAAUUCUGAUGAAUUCGACCGUUCUUACACAAUCAAAACUAAUGAUGAAGAUAAUGAACAGUGUAAUAGUCAAAUAAAAUGGGAUGAGUCUAUUAAAAAGCAACAUAUCAUUAACAACAGUGAUGAUAUGCAAAUGAUUGAAAAUCAUUUAACAUCUAAUAAAAUUCAAUCACCUUAUCAACGUUUUAUUUUUAUCGUUAGCUUUAGUAAAAACUCUCGUGUAACUGCAGCAUAUGAAAGACUAUUAAAUAAAGUACAUACUUAUGAACUCUUAUUGGAGUUUCCAAAAUUAAUAGAUCGUUUUCAGAAAAUCACUGAACAACAACUAUCAGGAGACAAUGAUAGUUUACUAGAAAUUUUGGAAUCACAACAAAUGUUAGUCAACCAUUUAAGAAAACUGAAACAUAUUUUUCAAAAUGCUGAACAAAUUAUAGCGAAUCCGAGAUCUUCUCUCCCUUGUCCACUGUUAUUAAAUGGUAAUAAAUGUAUCUGUUACAACCCGUAUGCAGAUUUAUGUGCGAUGCUAGACUCUUGUGAUCUGAUUAGUUCUUUGACUAACUUGAUGAAUCAGCUCACCAAUAUACAUGAAAAUAUCUUGCAAGAAAAUGAAUCAGAUAAUCAGUAUGAAAUGAACCUUUCAUUUUUAUUCAAUCAAAUUCAAGCAUCAAUCCAUGAAUUAUUAUGCACUUUAUGUUGUCAUUCUUCUGGCCUGUUACUUUUAGCUUUUCGUCCAGAAUCAACUAGUCUACUAAUUAAAGCAUGUUUACAAACUUUCUCCAACAUCAUGUUAAAUGAUGCUAUGAGUAGUAGUAAAACACUUGCAUCAAAUUCUUUCAUAUUCGGUUUGGAGCUAAUCUACAAAAUUGAGGCUCUACGAUAUAUAGAUUUACUGAUUGAUUGGACAAGAAAGAAAGGUAUGACAGGUGUUUAUUCCUUUAUUACACAACUUCAAUCAGACAUUAAUAUUACUGCUGAUCUACGAGCCAAUGAAAUCAAUAUUCGCGAUGCUUUAUUCGGAUUAACUAGGUUAACACUGAAUUCUAUUGGACAGUUUUCUAAUUUCAUGGAUAUGGAUUCAAUCAAUGGUGGUUCCAUGGAUGAUAAUCAAUUGUUUAAUGUAGAAAAUAUAAAAGAAUAUGUACUUGCAACUCUUACAACUGCAGCGCCUAUAUGGAUUGCUGAUGUGAUUGCUAUGGAUGAUUAUUUCGCUUCAUUAUUAAUGUUAAUUGAAGCUUUUUCUGAACAAGAUUUAGAUGUAAAAUGUGGAGGAAAUAGUACAGUUAAUAAAUCAGUGACAAAAAAUGACAAAUCGAAAAGUUCAAGCGAUGAUAUAAAUACUAAUAACCAGUCGAAUACAGAACAGUCACCAACAAACGAUCAAAUUGAAGCAACAAAUGUAUUAAGCUCAAAAGCAACAAUUCGCAGUCUGGUCUCUGGACCGAUACAGUUGAAUAGUUUGGUGAAUACAUUGGUUAUCACUUUGUUACGUCAUAGUGAAAAUGUGCUCUACUUAGAUCGUUAUGGACCUCGUCUAGCACAAUUGAUUUCCCCUUCUCAGCAAGUUGAAAGUAUACAAGAUAUUGCACCCAUUGAUGUAUUAGCUCAAAUGACUUCAUUUACACGAACAGUUGGUAGUUAUAUACAUUGGCUUCGUGAUGGACCAUCUCGUUCUCAUGUAACUGGUAUCUUGAAUAUACCACCAGAUUCGCUACUUUCACCGGAAUCUUGUUCAUGGUUAAUUAAACAAUUGCAAACAAUGACUGGUGAAUUUAAUGAUGCAUUAGACUCAAUUUUAGGUCUUGAAGUUGUUGAUGAUCUUCUUGCAGCUCCUAAUACUGUUUCUUCAUCACAAAUUGCUCAUACUAACCGUCGACAACCAACUUCUCAGCUUGCAGCUGGUCGAUUUAUACCACCUGGUAUAUUGUUAAUAUUACGUUUACUGCGUACAAGCUUACUUGGCUUGAAUGAUUCAUCCAUCUUUAAUCGUUUAUCAGAUAGUUCUUAUUCAGAACAACAAAUUAUUCUAUCUCGUACUCAAGUGUUAAUUGAAAUCUUCAGUAUGAAUGGAUUGAAUACUUUCAUUACAUUAAUUCAAAAAUUAUCAGAUUUUUUCAUACUUCAACUUCAAGCUACAUUAUCUCAAGCCAAUUGUACAACUGAUUUAAUGGAUAUAAGUACUUGUAAUUCGAAUAUUAGUAUAAUAUUCUCCAUGUUUGAUUCUUUAACACAAAUUGUUUCCGCUGUUUUGCGCACUGUCAUAGCGGUUCAAGGUGUUAAUUUCCAAGAUACUAGAAUUUUAAAUCCAUUAUUUCAUGCAUAUGCUUGUACAGUUUUUACCUAUUGUUCACCUGGUCCUAAAGCUGCUCAACUUGAAAGGAUUCGUGAUAAUAUAAUAGUUAGUCUGUUGGCUUAUACACAUUCCGAGUUAAACAGAGUAUUAAAUAUUCAAGAAAUUAAUAAAUCAUAUUGGGUUUUGAUGUUGAAAGAAUUAAUCCACUUCACUAUAUCAUCACCGUGUUUUUAUUUAUCGGGUCUAUUGAUAUUCUUAGAUUUAUUACCUUUACCAUUGCCGGUUGUUACUGUUCAAGCAUCAUUCAGUUCGAAUGAUGAAUCUAAAAUAAAUAGUUCUCGAGAUAUUUGGGCUGCACAUCUCCUUGCUGUAUCUUCCGAAUUGACAGGAAUGAUACAGUUAUUAAGUGCAACUAUUUCAUCACCUAACAAUCUACUGUUCUGUAAUCUAUUUAAAUUUGUUGAACGUUUAGCAGAUAUUUGUCGUUUACCAUUUGCCAGUUUAUUGGCUAAUGCAUGUUUAGAUAAUAUCGGUGAUAUUAGAAAUCAAAUUCUGAAUGAUACUGAAAAACAAGAAAAACAAUCAACUGAAAGUACAUUAAAUGAUGGAGAUAAUAUAGAGAAGUUAUGUACAAAAACAGGUGAUAAUUUAUCUUCAUCAUCUUCAACGAAUAAAUAUGAUCAUUUAAUUGGUGAAUUAAAUACACCCAGUACAAAAUUAUUAUUGAAUCCACAACCGAUGGUUGAUCCACGAUUAACAUCACAACAGGAUUUAGGAAUUAAUUCUUGGCAAACUAGUUCUAUGACUGAUUCAUCUGUUGCAGUCAACUCACAAUUGAAUAUUACUACUCCAAUCAAUAAUAAUUAUAACAGUAGUCAUACAAAUUUGACAAAAUUUUCAAUCAAACAAAUUGAAGCAACUGAAUUGAAUGCUACGUUAUCUAUGCUAUUCAUUCUUCUUAAAAUACCAUUUUAUCGAUAUGCCUUAUUAGACGCAUUGCGUCAGCAGUCGGUUAAUCAUCGACCUGAUGAUACUGAAGAAUCGCGUUCCACUCCAGAACCUUCAGCAUCAGCAAAUCUUCGUCGACAGAAUUUUUUAAAUGUUGUCGAAUCAGUUUUAUUAGAUUAUUCUGAUAAAACUUCAUGCAUCUCUGUACAAAUUAAGCUUCUUCAAUGUCUUAGUCUUCUUGUUGAUGUGAACUUAUCAACAAUAGCAACAACAACAAGUAAUGUAAAUUACACUCAUAAAAAUGAUAUCAAACGUUCGGAUGAUGAUGAUGAUAAUGAUGAUGCUGAUGAUGACAAUCCUGUUAAUAACGGUGAAGAUGAAGCACAAUUUUUGGCGGAUAAUUUACCUGAUUUAAAUUUACUCAAAGAAUUAGUUCUCAUACUUAUCAAACAUAUUAAUCAUCCUGACAGAGAUAUGACUACUUUACCGUCUGCAUUAGAUCCUUUAAUUUUGAUCACAGAACAUGAUCCAGGUUUUGUGAUAGUUAAAGAAUCAUUGGAUAGUUCUUAUGCAUUUAAUAAUGGUCAACAUUUAUUUGCUAAUCUAGUUCAACGUGUCAAUGAUAGUUUUAGUGCAGAUAAUCCAGAUUGUCAAGCUACAUUGACUGGUUGUUUAAGAUUGAUUCAAUCAUUAGUAACAGAUCAUAGUACUUUGCCAUUAACUUUUAUGUCGAAAUACAUUAGUUGGAAUGAAUGCGACGAUGAAUUCAACGAUGCAUCAUCCAAUAUUCAAACAGAUAAUAAAUCUAUAAAUCGAACAAGCAAUUUAUGUACUAGACAACUUCAUAUUUCCGGUGAACGUGUUCGUGAAUUAUUAGGUUGGUUUGGAAGUGGUGAUCAAGGCAAGCCUGUACGAGAUCUUCAUGCAUUAUUGGAGAUGUUAGCUGAUGAUGAACCAUCACUUGAAUAUUUAAGAAGUGGCAUGAAAAAUCUCUUAUCUUUAUUAUCUCAUGAAUAUGAUAUACCUGAAUUGAAAGAAUUAACCGCGUCUACUGCUGCUGCUAGAUUGUCGACAACAAAUGACGAUACUUCAUCGGAUGAAUUAAAUUUGUAUAAAUUGAGAUCAAAAUUACCAAACGCUCGUUCAUUGAAUGUAUUAAUACGAGAUCAUCAAAAGAAUGUGGUCAAACUGAAUUUAGAUUGUAAUAAUAUAAAAAAACCACAAGAUCAAUUAUCAACAAAAUGUGUAUUGAAAAACUUUUCAGUUGCAUAUGAUAAAAUUUUCGAAGAUGUCGAUAUGGAAUUACCUUUAAAUGGAUCAAAAUUUAUUGGUCAUCAGAUCCCAGUAUCCACCAUCUCUUAUCAAAAUGAUUUAGUACAUUGUGAUCUGAAUGAUAUUGCAACGAAUGGUUGUAAUAAAAUGCAAAUUCGUGAUGAAUUAGCCAAAUACGGACAUUUACAUGAUGCAAGUGAAGUAGCCAUUAGACAUCAGAAACGUAGACGUGGCCAGACUUCAAUUAUACAAACCGGGACAACUUUCAAAAAAUUCGUUGCACCAAUGCGUGGUCGAGGUUUUGUCUUACGCAACGCAACCUCAUCCAGUUCUGCACCUAAUAAUACUGCUCCUGCUGCUUUAGGAUCUAAUAUUGGACAAAUCAAUUCAAAUGUAGCUGGUAUUCGUGGAGAUCCAUUCCGUUCCAGGCCACUAAAUACAAGUCGUCCUCCCAGUCUACACGUUGAUGAUUUCACCAAAUUAGAAAAAGAAGAAGGCAUUAUUGAAGAAACAACUCAUCCUAGGCAAUAUCGUGAUAAUAGAACAAUGAGAGGUCGUGGAGCAAGAUUCGGUACUGUACGUGGUGCUUUCUCCAAUUACAAUACUGUAAAUCUAUCCAGUGUGCCAAAUGUACCAUUUGGAAUGAAAAUCCCGACUAUUAAUCCAUUGCAUACUACAUCACUUUUACCUAAUUGGCCUAUUGGUACUAGAUCUAUUCCAUUACUACCAUUCGGUUUGGAGCCACGAGCUAAUCAAGAACGUAGAGAACGACAUGGACGGUAG